AUGACGUCCACCGCCGUGUUUCCGGCGGCGGCGGCGGCGGAGUCGGUCGACCGGGUUCUGGCGGAGAUCUGCGGCACCGACGGUGAAGCGGAGGAGCUCCAGUGGGAACCUCCCCGGCGAUUCCACGGCUACGCGCAACGGCUCCGCCAUAUCCUCGCGCAGCUCCUCCGCUCCUCGCCGCCGGGAGACCUCUCCGGGCCCUCCGUCCACACCGCCCUCCACGGCAUGGCGGCGGACCUCGACACGGCGGCGGCGGCCUUCUCCAAGCACCGCGGGAAGAGCCAGAUAUUUGUCCUCCUCCACUGUAAACCCCUCUGCAACUCGCUGCAGGAAUCUGCCAUCUCCAUCGGCAACUGGCUCGCCCUCCUCCUCGACUCCCCUCUCCCCUUCUCCAACCCCGACAUCCGGAAGAAGGCCGCCGACCUCGCUCUCGACCUGCAACAGACCAAUCUCAGAGUAAGAUGAGUCCCCUUGGAUCUUCUUCAUCUUCUUCUUCCUCUGCCUGUUUCGUGCUCAUAGACGCGAGGGAGCAGGUGACGGAGAACGAGGAGAGGAUAUUCUACACCCUGCAGAAGGAGGGGGAGCUGCGGGUGAGCAACAAGGCGGUGCAGAGCGCCAUCGUCAUGGACCUGGCGAGGGCGCUGGGGGUGGAAGCCGGCGACCACGAGAAGCUCGCGGAGCAGCUGAAGCUUCUGAAGCGGGACCUCUCGGGGUUGAGCUCGGUGGCGGAACGGCGGAUCCUGAUUUCCCUGGAGAAGAUCUUCGACGGCUGGGCGGCGGAGCCCUACACCGCCGCCGCCGCGCGCCGCUCCAACGCCGGUGGCGAGGAGGAGGACAGCGCCCACGUCCCCCCAUACAGGAACUUCCUCUGCCCCCUCACCAAGGAGGUGAUGAGAGAUCCAGUGUUGCUGGAGUCUCUCCAGACAUACGAGCGCUCCGCCAUCGACCACUGGUUCGAGCGGUGCCUGCAAGAUGGCCGAGAGCCGACCUGCCCCGUCUCCGGCCAGGUGCUCAAAACCCUAGCGCUGAAGCCCAAUCUGAGUCUCGCGGGGGCCAUUGAGGAGUGGAUCAGCAGGAACAUCGAGUCCCAGAUCAGGUCCGCUUCGCAGAUCCUCGCAGAGGAGGGAGAUUUCCCAUUGGAGCGCCUUGAGAGGGCCAUGGAUAAUGUGUACAUGAUCUCCGAGGAGCACCCUUCCAGCAGGUACAGAGUGAGGAAUGCGGGAAUCGUCGUCCUCAUGGUUAGGGUUCUCGAGAGCCGGAGGAAGGCGACGGAGUCCCACUUGAGAGCCAUCGCUCUCAUGGCGCUGCACAGCAUGUCCAGGGACGAGGAGAGCAAGGUGAGAUUCAUCCUCCUCUCCGCUCCGGUCUUCAUAGAAGGGUGAAACCCAGAAUAGGAAAGAUCUGACCCACCUCGGAACAGGACCUAGUGCUGAGAUUCAUGGUGUUCUUCCUUCCCCCCUCCUCCUCUUCCUCCAGCUGAUGAUGCUGCACGAGGGCAUGACCCGGCUGGCCAUUAGAAGCCUCACCUCGAGCCUGGAGGACGAGAAGGAGUUCGCCGUGAAGCUGCUGCUGGAAUUCUCCCGCGACGAGGGAUACUGUGCGAAGUUAGCCUCUGAGAAAGGGGCCGUGGUUCUGCUCUCGAGCAUGGCCGGAGAUCCUGAGCUUCCUAUUCUGUCGAAGAUCGCCGAAGAUAUAUUGAAAAACAUGGAGAAGAUGGAGGAGAAUAUCCAGCCUCUGGCAGCUGCAGGAAGAUUUCAGCCCUUACUUACUCGCCUCUGCGAAGGUAAAUCAUACGCCGCCCACCUCCCCUCUUUCUGCCCAACAUUAUCUCAUAAAUAUUCGCCGCCAUUUCUGGGCCCUGCAACUGCUCCACGGUGCGUCGCUGUUCUCACUGGAAGCUGGCUUCGGAUCGAAUUCGCAGGCACAGAAGGUCUCAAGAUCGAGAUGGCGUCCCUUCUAGGGGGGAUGAGCCUGGCGAGCGGUGAUAAAGAACACAUCGCUAGGAAAUGCGGAAGGAUUCUUAUCGUCAUGCUUUCAUCCAGACUGGAGGCUCGAGCAGCGAGCCUGAGAGUGCUAAAAAAUCUGUCGACCUUGGACGAUAACGCCGCCGUUCUUGUGGAUUUCGGCGCCCUCCCCCCGUUGACUCGCAUUCUCUUAGAGAGUCAGCAAGAUGAACCGCCGGGCCUGAAGGAGCUGGCGGCGUCAACAAUGGCGAACAUAGUUUCCAAGCCCGGCCACUGGGAGCUGGCAUCUGCGGACAGAGAGAGGAACCGAAUGCAGUCGGAAGUCAACGUUCACCGGCUCCUGGAGUUUCUAUCUUCUUCCUCCUCCACCUCCGAGUGCCAGGCGGCGGUCCUUCAGAUCCUCUGCGGGAUUGCAUCCUCUCCCCAAGCAUCAGGUACCGCCUUCUUCUAUCCCUCGCCGGCAUAUAUUAUACUCUCCAUGAUGCUUCUGCGAUCUUCCUCCUCUGAUACUUCUGGGGCGGCGCAGAUUCGGCGGCGAGCUACGUGAGGAGCGGCAAUGGCGUAGGGGCCAUCGUCCCGUUCCUCGAGCAUCCAGAGGCGGAUUGCAGAAUAUACGCCUACCAACUGGCGAGUCUGCUCUCGGAGAGGGUGGGCCAGGCCAUGGCCGAGGAGCUGAUAGCCUCCGGGAAGCUCGCGCUCCUGAAGGAGAAGCUCCUGGACGCGCGAUCGUCGAGCGAGAAGACCGAAGUCGCUGCCAUCCUCGCCAACCUCCCCAUUCCGGGAGAUCUCGUGAAGAAGAUCCUCGGCAUGGAUCUCCUGAGAUGGACGGUGGUGAGCCUCAACGAGCAGAGAUUCCGCUCAAUGGGGAGGAACUCCCGCCGCGCCGCCAGCAUGGUGGAGGGCCUCCUCGGCAUUCUGCUGCACUAUACCAGAAGCGGCGACCCGGAGAUCAUCGCCGCCGUCUCCGAGAACCAGCUCAUGGCGGUCUUCAAGGAGCACCUAAGCAGCCGGUCCCAGCCCAGGGAGAGGCAACGCGCUGCCCUCGGCCUGAAGCAGCUCUCCCACUCCGCCGCUGUCGCCGCCGCCGCCGCAGCUGAUUCAACCAGAGUGGCGGAGCCACGACGGCGCAGCCUCUGCGCGGCGUUCCUCGUCCUCUGCGGGGCGGCGGCGCCGGCGGGCCCCGCCGCCUGCGUGCUCCAUGGCGCGGCGUGCGGGGAGAACAACUCCCUUUGCUUGGUGAAGGGGAGCUGCGUCAAGCCGCUGAUCUACCUCAUGAAUGACGAGGACACGCAGGUGCAGAUCGCCGCCGUGGAGGCCCUCUCCACCUUGGUGGCGGAACCGCAGGGCCUGAGCAGCGCGGCCUCGGAGCUGGCGGCGCUGGGCCUCUUCAAGUCGGUGGUGGACCUAUUCAAGCGGGUCAGAGUAGGGGAGCUCCAUGAGAAGCUGAUCUGGAUGGUGGAGAAGCUCUGCAACUCGGAUGAGCUCGUGCAGAGGUACUCCACCGAUCAAGCUCUGGUGAGGUCGCUGGUCGAAGCCCUGAAGCACGGCACUCCCAACGCGAAGCGCUCCGCUCAGGAGGCCCUCACAAGCCUGCAGCAGCUCUCGGCCAUCGGAAUCAAGACCGCAACCAAUCGCCGCCCCCGGAGGCUCAGCCGCUGA